AUGGCGUCUCAGCAACAGGAGGUCAACAAGCUGGUGGCCACGAUCCAGGUUCUCAAAAAUAGGGACCUGAUUUUCAUCUGCCAGAGCAAUGGCCUGGCCAAGUCGGGCAACAAGGCCGAUCUCCAUAAGCGGAUCAUCAACUACAUCGAUGCAUCCGUUCACGACCCGAACCAGCGAAACUAUAACAACAUCCGGAACAGUAUUAUGCAGGUGACAAAUGGCACUCUUCCGGCCAACUACCGCGGCUCCUAUCUGGGCAACUCCCCGAUCCCCUCCUCACCCUCUUACAACCAGGCCGGCAUGUCCUCGCCGUAUAACGGCACUGGCGGGACACAAAACGGUCUCGGGCACAACGGUGCACGGGCAGUCUUCUCACACCAAGGGCUCCAGUUCAAGCCGAGUCCCUUUUACGAGAUCGAAGCACCAAUUGGAGACGUCCGACAAUGCGAGGCUAUGGCACAACACCGGAAUAGCAUCACCAUUGUCGUCCGCGCCUCCCAACAUCCCGACCUCCAGCGGUGUCUUACCGACCCGGCCAUCCGCGUCAUGAUCUUUUGUGCGGCGAACAACUACGGCAUCCAAGAUGUGGCUUUUCCAUAUCAGUGCGAAAUCAAGGUGAACGGCGGCGAGGUCAAGGCCAACUUGCGGGGCUUGAAGAACAAGCCCGGUUCGACGCGGCCCGUGGACAUCACAGACCAGCUGCGCCAGAAGCCGCCAACCUACGGAAACAGCUUAGAGUUUACCUACGCACUGACGUCCAAGCGAUUCUACCUUGCGUUGUAUAUUUGCAAAACAUACUCUGCACCAACCUUGGCAUCAAGGAUAGAAAAGAGAAGUCGCAUUACAAGGGCUUCUGUUAUUCGGGAAGUCACAAAACAAGCACAAGAUCCAGAUAUUGUGGCGACCUCGUUGGUAUUGUCGCUCAAAUGCCCCUUGACCUACAUGCGAUUGUCAUUACCAGUCCGGGCAACAACAUGCAAGCACAUUCAAUGCUUCGAUGCAACAUCGUACCUGCAGCUACAAGAACAGGGCCCGCAGUGGCUCUGCCCUGUGUGCAGUAAUGCGGCACCCUACGAUGCGCUGGCUGUGGACGAAUAUGUCAAGGACAUUCUAGAAAACACGCCCAGUGACCUCGACCAGGUCACCAUCGACCCAGACGGCACAUGGCACACGGCCAAGGACAAGGAUCAGGACCGAGCAGGUGGUGUCUCAACUCCGCCACGAUCCAACGCCGCAGUCACAUCGGUUGCCACGCUGCUCGACGACGAGUUUGAGAUUUUGUCGACCCCUGUCCCGCGAAGGAGCAAUGGCUACUCGAACGGUGACGGCGGCAGCCAGCCGAACAGCAAUGGCGGUAGCACCGUCGUUGGCCAUGGCAACGGCAACGGCCACGAUAUGUCGAGCAGCAACCCCACGCUGAUCAAUAGCCGUGACACCACGGCGACACCUAACAGGAGUACCGUGACGCCCAACGGUGGCGGCGGCCUCAACUCCAACAACAAACGCCCACGCGAGGUUAUUGACCUGACGCUGGAUAGUGACGAGGAUGACGAGCCUCUACCACGCCGGUUUAAGCGACAAAACACGGGCACUGACAGCACGGGCUAUGGCGGGUCUGGUUCGUCUGCGGCACUGUAUGACGGUGUAAUGGGAAACGCCCAAUUCUAG